GAAAGAUGGCAUACCACUUCAAACUGCGGUCUGUAGCGCGCUGUUAACUUUCACUAGCUGCAACGCGUGUUUCCAGAAGAUAUAUCUACCCAAACGGUGUUUUACUUUGUUUUCGCAUUCAGAGAACUGUGUCAAAUCGAAAUUGAUUCCACUAUAUUAUGUCGAUAAAGUUGCGCUAUUUGGGUUUUACGUCGGUUGUGCGACCGCGGAGUUUUGUUUUGAUUUGUUAUUUGCUUUUGUUGUUUGGAUUUGCCGACAUAUAUGGACAAGCACAAAAAAGUCGGAAAAAACCUGAAACAGUGGGAGACCUAUUUAACACAACAUCCUGUAUACCAAAGCCAUAUAGAUGUCCACAUAAACAGAUCGAGUUUUAUCUAUACACCAGAAGAACUCAGAUGAAUCCAGAGAAGCUAGACACAACCAAAGAAGAGUCGCUGUACAAUAGUCAAUUCAACAGGGCGAAUCCCACAAAAAUUGUGGUCCAUGGCUUCGGUGGAGGAAGGAAUUUUUCUCCGAGCACCGAUAUGCGCGAGGCCUACUUUUACAAAGGAAACUACAACAUUAUCAUAGUCGACUACGGAACACUAGUCAGGGAGCCGUGUUUAAAACAAAUGGAAUGGGCUCCAAGGUUCUGUGCAAAAUGUAUAGCCCAACUAAUAAGAUACCUAACCCAACAUCCACGUGGUAUAAGAGCAGAUGAUAUGCAUUUAAUUGGGUAUAGUGUAGGAGCCCACAUAUCUGGACUUACGGCCAACUACUUAAGCCCGAAAUACGAUGGGAAAAUAGGAAGAAUAACAGGUUUGGAUCCCACAAUAGUAUUCUAUAUGGGUCGAAACUCUUCAAGGGAUUUGGACACUUCCGAUGCCCAUUUCGUCGAUAUUCUUCAUACAGGUGCUGGUAUUUUAGGGCAAUGGGGACCAAAUGGGCACGCCGAUUUUUACAUUAACGGAGGAUCCAGUCAGCCUGGAUGCGCCAGCGACACAAUAUUUAAAACUUUGGCUUGUGAUCACACCAAAGUAACGCCAUAUUUUAUCGAAUCAGUUGUAACCAAAAAAGGAUUCUGGGCUUAUCCUUGCCCAACUUUGGUGAGUUUUAUGUUGGGAUGGUGCAAUCCUGAACCCAACGAGUAUGUGCAAAUGGGAGAAUUUUUAACUCACAAAGCCAGAGGAGUAUACUAUGUUUCAACAAAUCCAGAUCCGCCUUAUUCAAAAGGAUAUCCUGGAAAUACCGCAAGAGGAAGAUCCUUGAUUGAAAGGAUUCAAGAUUAUACGCAAAGAAAAUAGAAAAAAAUUCUGCGUAAAAAAGUUUGCCAGUGUAUAAUACUAGUGUGUUAUUGAUAGUUUUUAUACAACCACCAAUAAUUCGGUGCCUGAACUAGUUUUGUUUUUAAAUUGCCUUUCUUUUAAUUUAUAUUUUCUUUUUCUUUGCAAUUAAAAAACUCAAACCUAACUAAUUUAAGAAAGCAGUUAUUGUGGAUCUUGCCCAAAAACUGUAUUAUUUAUUUUUUGUGUACAUAUAGAAUUAAUUUUAAUAAAAUAUUUUAUCUUGUUAACGAUUUUAUUACAUUUUAUUUUACUUUUUACAUAUAAUUAAAUACCAUCACAUUUCAAAUUUAAAUACAUUUAUAACAUUACUAAAGAAACUAAUAAGGGUUACAAGAAUUAAGUAGAUUCUUAGUAACAUGCACACCGAAAAACUUUUUUUGGGGUAAGUUUCUCAGAUAACGAUAGGGAAUAUUUUGUUAUACUAUGUAGAUAACACAGAGAUAUGCCGAUAUUUAAAACACUAAUUAAUAUACAUAAAUAUAUGUGAUGCGCUCAGAGAAAAGGGACCUAAACGUUUCAGCGCUCAUUUUAGAGGAGAAAGGAAAAAACAGUCGAUUGCCCUAGUAAAUUAUAUCUGACUGAUAAUUCAAGAGCAGUUUGAAUUAAUUUAUAACGCUUAGAUCGCUUUCCUCAGAAUGCGUCACAUAUGCUUUUUUAAUUAUUGCCUCUAUACUAACGCCAUAUGUAACACAAAAAUUUCCAAAAACACGUUUCGUCUUUUUGAAAAUUUAGGUUUAAUUUUUUUGGUAAAAGGUUCAACGAAAAUUUUACAUAGCAGUAGAAGCAUCGCUCAACCAAAAAACACUACAGUGAAAAUUUUUAUUUUCGCAGCAUUUAAAUUUUUUACAACUGUGCACACAAUGUUAAAAAUAGGUUUACUCGACGCCACCAAAAUAAAAAUUUCGUGUAUAUUGACAAGUUAGAGAGAUAUAAAAAGAGAUAGAAACAUUUAACAUUCAUAGUCUAUACAUUUUUAAUUUAAUUUGAAUGAUUUUAUUGCUAAAACUACAAACAAUAGUGUUAAAACCUUAACAACCAUAACGAUAAUACAAAAAGUAUAAUGAUAAAGUAUCGCUAUUAGUCCAGUCAAACAGGACACAUAGUUUAAAUUAAACACUACAUAACAUUAACAUGUUGUUAUAGUAAGUACAGGGUGUUCCUAAAUGAUACGCCAACACAAAUGUUAAAACGAAAUGAGGUGAUUUUAAAUAGCAGAACAUCAUGAAGGACCACACUGUAAAGUAAGUUCUAGAUUUAAAACUUUUUAAGUUUUAAAACUAGAUCAAUAAUUAUAAUUAGGUAUUUUAAAGCCCAAUUAAAUUAUUUGUUAAAACAUAAGAAACUAAUUAUAUCACAAUUUUAUAAAGUAUAUAACACAAAUAACGUAUAUUUUUCCUAAAAUAUUUAUAAAUUAAUAAUUGAUUUUUUGUCUUCGGCAGUUAUAAACAUUAAAAAUUCACAAACUAAAUAAAAAAUUUACGAUUCUAUAAUAUUUACAAUUAUAUUUUGAAAAAGGGGUACUUAUAUACUGCAAAUAAAUUUGAGCAAUCUGCAGAAUAAUUUAGACAUUUAUAUACACUUCACAUUAACUUUAUUAAUAAUAUUUUAUUUAAUUUGCAUUUUGUAGUAUUCUAUUUUUAAAGUUAGUGAAAUAAAGGUAUUUACACAUUUAUUUUUAAGCCUAUUAUUAUUGAUUUUUACGAUUAUAACUUAUGAGGCGCCGUUUGUGACAAAAUUAAAAUUGCAAAAUACACUUAUUUUACUUUAUAAAUAAUUAAUUAUAUGCAUUAUUUACCAAAUUAUUU